AUGUAUAGACAAGAAGGAUUAUCACGGCAAAUAGAUCUAAAUAGUGACAGCAAUUAUCCACAAGCAUCGACAAUCGAUGAUCCCGCAACUAAUGAUGACCACAAUGGAACAAUUCUUCCCUUAAAUAUUCAAUCUCAAUGCGCACAUCUAAUCUCAAUCUUUCAUAAGCACUCUAAACUCGAAAGUUUCACCAUACGUCUAACUUGGUUUUCGCACUAG